CGAAAUUAAUCAAAGGAGAAAGGGUUAAUUACUAACAACGUUAACCAAUUCAAUUACCCUCUUCUCUCUUUCACUGUCCUUUUUUCCUUAAGUCUGAGGCAGAGGAAAACUUAUCCCUCUGCCUUAGACCAAAAAUGGCGUUCCAAGAUUUCGAUCUUGUAUCAGAAAGGAGAAAAAGCGCCGCGAAACUGCACCUCAGGAAGAAGAUUUUGGUCGGUGUAACUUCUGUCAUUCUCCUUGCAUGUGUUAUAGCAGCAGCAACAUUUGUUAUUGUCAAAAGGUCAGGACCAGAAGAUGAGAAACCCGUUCCAACUGCAGCAUCUGAAGCCGCACGCGUCGAUAAAUACUCGAGGCUUGUGAAAAUGUUGUGCAGCAGUUCAGAAUACAAGGAUAAAUGUGAAACCACACUCACUGAGGCAUUGAAAAAAGAUCCUAAAUUGUCAGAGCCAAAGGAUCUUUUAUUGGUUUCCAUGAUAAUUGCUGAUAAUGAGAUCAACAAAGCCUUCAACGAAACAGCAAACAUGAAAUUUGCUUCCGACGAAGAAAAGGGAGCUUAUGACGAUUGUAAACAGUUGUUUCAGGAUGCUAAAGAAGAAAUGGGAUUCUCAAUCACUGAAGUUGGUAAUGUUGAUGUUGGCAAAAUUUCUUCAAAAGCACCUGAAUUGAACAAUUGGCUUAGUGCUGUUAUGUCCUACCAACAAACUUGCAUUGAUGGUUUCCCUGAGGGUGAAUUGAAGGAAAAAUUGGAGAAGAUGUUUGUUGAAUCAAGAGAACUUGUCAGCAAUUCACUUGCUGUUGUUUCACAGAUUUCUUCAAUCGUUAAUGCUUUCCAAGGUGGAUUCUCUGGAUUCAAAUUACCUUGGGAUAAAACCGAUGCACCUGCUCCCACUCCUGUUGUUCCUGGUGCACCUGCUGCCGAUGUUGUUGGUGCUGCUCCUGCUGGUUCUCCUGGUGCUGCUCCUGUUGGUGCUCCCGGUGCUGCUCCAGUUUUAGCUUCUGGACCCGCUCCUGUUGGUGCUCCAGGUGCUGCCCCUGUUGCUUCUCCUCCUUCUUGGGCUACACCAGUUCUUGAGUUGCCUGGAUCAACUGAGAAACCUACACCUAAUGUCACCGUUGCUCAAGAUGGUAGUGGAAACUUCAAAACCAUCUCCGAAGCUUUGGCUGCUAUUCCAACAACAUACGAAGGAAGGUAUGUUGUUUAUGUUAAGGAAGGAGUCUACGAUGAGUUGGUGACUGUCACCAAGAAAAUGGUCAACCUUACCAUGUAUGGUGAUGGAGGUUCAAAGAGUAUCGUCACUGGCAACAAAAACUUCGUUGAUGGAGUCAGAACUUUCCAAACUGCCUCAUUUGUGGUACUUGGAGAUGGAUUCGUGGGAAGAGACAUGGGAUUCAGAAACACAGCCGGUGCCGAAAAGCAUCAAGCCGUGGCAGCCAGAAUCCAAGCAGAUCGUGCAGUGUUUGUGAGCUGUAACUUUGAAGGUUUCCAAGACACUCUAUACGCACAAACUCACAGACAAUUCUACCGUGACUGUAUCAUUUCCGGAACCAUCGAUUUCAUCUUUGGUGACGCUUCCGCAGUUUUCCAAAACUGCGAAAUGGUUAUCAGGAAGCCACUUGACAACCAACAAAACAUUGUUACUGCUCAAGGAAGAAUUGACAAACAAGAAAACACUGGAUUUGUCCUUCAAAAGUGUGUGAUUAAGGGUGAUGUUGCACUUCUUCCAACAACCAAGAACUACCUUGGAAGACCAUGGAAGGAAUAUUCAAGGACCAUCAUCAUGGAAACUGAAAUUGGAGCUUUGAUUCAACCUGAUGGUUGGUUACCUUGGGAGGGUGAUUUUGCACUAAACACAUUGUACUAUGGUGAGUUCAAUAACAAUGGUGCUGGUGCUAACACUAAUGCUAGGGUUAAGUGGAUUGGACGCAAAGAUAUUAAUAGGGAUGAGGCUAUUACUUAUACCGUGGAUCCUUUCUUACAAGGGUCAUGGAUCAAUGGUACUGGUGUUCCAGCUCAAUUGGGCUUGUACAAUUGAUAUGUAUCUUCUAAAUGUAGCACUUUGGUGUAUACAACUUGAGUUCACUGCUUGAAUCCAUUCAUAUUCAUAUUUAUUCUACAA